AUGACCAAUGCCGCCACCCCCAAACAGCAUAUGAUCACGGACUCCCAUGAGAAUAAAUGUGCCAGGCAACAGCCCGACCACUCUGAUAUGUCUGAAUCUGAAGACGAAGAACAAGGCUCGAGCAAGAAACAAGCCAUGGAGGCUGACGCAGCUCCCCCUGCCAUUACCCAACCCAUCGCUCAACCCACUCCCCCUGCCAACCCAUGGCACUUCCUCCAAACGGGUGUACCAAACGAUAACAACACAGUCAACGGUGUCAUCACCUUGCAUAACAGCCUCAAGAUCACCGCACCCCCCACAGGAGGAUUCCCAUCCCCUCAACUGGGACAAUCCGUCUGGAGAAUAGCCAAAUAUGAGGACAAUGUGCAGAUGACCAGCAUCAAGAUGCGUAACCUCAUUGCACUAAUCAUCGGAGAAACAGCUGCCACACCUCUCCUUCUGAGCACACCGUCUGCUGAGGGAGACCUGUACAAACGCCUCCCCCCCUACCACUUCCUAAUCUCUGUGUAUGCUCUUCACCCGAGAUCACAUGUUUCUUCAUACCUUACGAUCAACCGCUGUCCAACUACAUUUGCACGCUUGAACACGUUCACACUCCCUGACUGCAUGGAAAGCAACAUGGAAAUCACAAACCUGGUCAAGCAGACUAUUCACAUGUACCCCAACAUCUCUCUCUUCAUACACAACCACAUCCCUACCCCUGAUGCUGAAGCAGCCAUUAGGGUCAUCAACUCCAUUCGCAUUACAAGCCUUACCGUCACCAUAUCGCGCUCCACUUCCCACACUGUAUGGAACGUGUAUGCUGACUCCCUCCCAAACAUGUCCCUCAAGGACUAUUUCGAGUGGACCUAA